ACUUUGUACGUGUAACCUCAAAGUUAAUUAGAGUGUAAUCAGGUAAGAGUCCACAUCUGAAUAUUAAACAUCUUCGCUGCUAUAUAAAGGCUACUGUUCCGCACAUCUACCACAUUCACUCGUUCUCUCACGAAACAUCAGUAGCUCACAAGCAGCAGUAAACAUGAAGCUCGCCAUGGUGUUAUGUUAUCUUUUCACGGUGUACUCGCUUACUUCAGCUCACGGGGAUCAAGAAGAGUUUCAGGUCAUGGUCAGGGUCUGCGGACGACAUCUGGCGCGGACGCUGGAGGAUCUCUGCCCGAGGGUGGCGUACGAGGACGCGGUGAAGCGGUCUGGUCCAGGCGGCGCUGCGGCAUAUGGCACUCGCGGCUGGCCUCUGGCGGCACUGGGAACAGCUCGGGGUACGGCGCGGGAGGUGGCGCGGGGCAAGAGGUGGGGAAUCGCUGACGAAUGCUGCAACAACGCAUGCACGCUCGACGUCUUGCUGUCAUACUGCUAAUAUCUGUCUACCACAAUGUAAUAUCGUAAUUAAAUGCUCUUGUUGACGUUA